AUGGAGCGGGGCUGGCACCGGCCCUACGUCCCGCAGAGCACCCUGGAGAGCCACUUCCCGCAGCCCCUGUGCAGUGACCAGUACGUGACGCUGCGCGGCCCGCGCGCCCCGCCGGCGCCGCGGCAGGCCCUGCGCUGGGCGCUCGGGCCCAUGGGCCGCGACGCCCGCGGCCGCCUCUGGCCCACGGCGCCGGCCCCCGCUCUCGCCCAGCGCCUGUGCGAGGGGGCCUGGUGGGACCCCACGCUCCCCGCUCGGCACCGGCCCCGCGGCGCCUGCUGGGGAGCCUUCCUGUGGCGGGAGAGGCCCGCGCGCGGCCACGAGUUCGUCGCCACCCGCAGCCGCAGCCCCCGGGAGCCGGCGGGCAGCCCGGGCUACGUCCCCGGCCUCUCCUUCUGCCGCCCGCCCGYCACCGCCCGCGACGUCUGCGCCUGGAGCCGCCUGCGCCACCCGYAGUGA